ACUCGGAUCUCAAGGUACAGUCAUAUGACUCCCAGAUGGCUGAAUGAGAAUCAACAAAGCUGCAACUGGUCUUCUAAAACCGACUCAACAAGUUUUGUUAUCUUGACGGACUCGAAGCUGUUGGAAGGAAUCAGUCCUGGCUGGUUUGGGAGAUGGGGGUCGGGAAAAGACGCGUUGUUUAAGGAGCGGUGGCGCCACGGGACGAUGACAGUUUGUUGCCUGUUGAGUCUCUGUGGAUGCAGCUCUCCUUUACCUGUGCGUGGCGUUAACGCUGUCAGACACACAUGGACAACCUGAACAAUGGGAGCCCACGGCAGGCAGCGGGAGAAGAGACGAGCUCAUCGGACAGUCACCGACCAGAUGUCCGCUCCCAGAGGAGGGUAGCGGCGGUCAGCUCUCCUGUUCUGUCCGGCGCACGCCUCACCUUACCUGGGAUCAUGGAUGCUGAGGGCAGGGUCGACGAGUCAAGACUGAGGAUGCAUAUAUUCAAAAACGGUGGCGUGUCUCCCUCUGAGCGUGGCCUGGUGUGGCGUUUCCUGUUUGGGAUGUACCCGUGCAGCUCCACGGCUUUAGAGCGCUCUCUGCUGCAGGAGCAGCUGGUCAUACGGUACCGGGUCAUGAAGAGAAAGUGGCAGCAGUUCCUUCCCUCAGCUGUGCGCAUGCACCUCAAUGGCACUGAUGCUGAGUUGGUGGCAGCUGUCAGGUACUUUGACCAGAGACAGGCACAGGCCCAGCAGCAGACCCAGGACCAGUCUGAGGAGGUCAGGGACAGACUGGCUUUCUUGGAGCUUCAGGCACAGAUUUUAUUUGAGCGGGUCACAUUUGAUCAGGAGGAGCUCCGUGAAGCCGUACGAAUCAUUGACAAGGAUGCACCGAGAACUAACAGAGACCUGAGCUAUUACCAGGGCGAAGGUUCAGGUAACCUGUUGGUGUUGAGAGAUAUCCUAAUCACAUAUGCUGCUUUUCAUCCAGAGGUCAGUUAUGCCCAGGGAAUGAACGACCUGUGCAGCCGUUUCCUGGAGGUUCUUGACUCUGAGGUCGACACUUUCUGGAGUUUCUCCUGCUACAUGGAGAAAUUCUCCAAGGACUUCAGGGCCGAUGGUCUGCACAGAAAAAUAGAGUUGGAGGCAGCCCUGCUGAAGGAACUGGACCCAAAUCUCUACGCUCACUUGGUCACAGACAGCAUGGAGAGCUUCACCUUCUGCCACAGGUGGCUGCUGCUGGGUUUCCAGAGGGAGUUUGAACACAGUGACGCACUACGUUUGUUUGAGAUCCUGAGCUGUGACCACCUGGAGCUGAUCUCCCAGCAAGUAGACCGAGCCAGGUAUCAGGAAAGGCUGGCACGAAAACACAGCACAGAGGACAAUUCAGAGUCAGCGCUGCAAGCCGUCAAUACUGACUUCACCUUUGAGCUCUUCAUCUGUGCAGCCAUCCUGUUGGAGAACAGAGAGUCUCUGCUGCUGUGUCAAGAUGAUGUGCAGCUCAUCCAGUUUACUAGCAGCCUUCAGGGAAAACUGGACCUGAAUAGCACGCUGAAGAAAGCGGAGCACCAUUUCUACAACUACUGCAAACGCUGUGCGUGGGACUAUAUGACUGGACGCUGCAGAGCACACAAAAGCAAAGAAGAGGACUUUCUUUAUCAACUCCGUAGUUUAUUUGUUUUAAAGUGAUAGCUACUAUUUAAAUACCUGAUGUUAAGGACUUUUAUGAAACUGUAAUAUGUAACAAGGGACAUAUAAUCCCUAUUUGGAGUUUUGAUGGCACAUAUUCUUUGUCUUAGUUUUUAUUUCAGAGGGAAACACACUGUUGUUCUGAAGGCUGCUUACCUUAAAUCUGAUUUGUUCUUGUUUAUUGUAAAUGUACAGUAUUUAUUGUGUGAGAGCUGAUCAACACAUUCUGUCAGUCGUUUUGGUUGCUCUCCUGAACUGCCAUGAAUUUGAAAAGCUUAGGCUUAAGAUCUUAUUACCUCAGAAUCACAGCUUUGUGCAAUUUGUUCUUCCGGGUUAUGCAAUAUUCAACUCCUAGAAGAAAACAACUACAGGUGUGUGUGAGUACAUGCAUGGCUAGGUCUGGUGUGUCGCAACAGGUGGCGUCUGUGAGAAACUGCAGUUAUAUUUAAUGCCUGAUGGCCCAUGAGUCCUCUGUAACAGGAAUAGACAUCCAGCUUUUGAACUCUGCUUUUGAAAGUGCUGUAAGAGGAAGGACAACUUAAUGCUCAGCUCUCUUAGAUAGAAAAUGAAACACACACAUAAUAUAAAUAACCUAAAAAUCAUACCUCAACAAAACUACAGGAAAUUAUUUUUUAUGUGGUGUUGGUAAUGUUCUUGUUCAGUUUUCUUGUAUACCUUACAUAAUACAGGAGGUCAGCAUUCACCCUAAUAACUUAAAGUUUUGUUUGAACUUUUAAUGACAGAUGC